UUUUUAAAACGCGCUUCAUUCAGCAUCAGCACCAGCACGACAUCAGCAGGCUCAUCAAAUGGGCUGCCGACGGAGACGAGAGUUAAACACGGAUUGUGUUCUUUAACAAAACCCGGAUAACACUUACACCGGGAAUUAGACUGUAUGCGUUCCUUUCUUUUACGAAAAAUAACACGCGUGGAGCGGGGAAAGGAGAUGCCCACGAAAUGGAAGAUGUGGGAGUGGGAGGAAGCCCGUCCCGCUGUGUUCUCGCUGUCCGCUUCGCCUCUUGCCUUGCAUGUAUAGCGGUAAUGCUGGGUUCAUCCUUCGCUCUUCUUCACUCCGUUGCUCGUCGGUACGCCGUGAGAUUCGGACGGGAAAGCCGCGCAUCCCUCCUUUCUCCCCCUUCUCCUUCUUAUUUCUGGCCGCUGACAUGCGGCUGCCCUGUCUUCGCCUGAUUUCCUGCUCGUGUUUGUGACAUGACCGCGAAGGGGAAAAGAAAAAAGGGACACAGACCGGGAGCCGGACGCGUGGAUUUCAAGAGAAAGGAGAGACGAUAAGAAAUAAUAAGGUGAAUGGUCAAAAGAUGGGGACGCGCUACUGAUGGGGGGGACCUUCACGUAUACAGCCUAGCCUGGUGAGCAACCGAGAAGGAUUCCCCUAAACAUCGCUGCUGUUGUGAUACUGCCGCUGGCUGUCUUUGAAAUAUUUAUUAAUUAAUUAAUGAACGCGAACCAUGGGUUGCAUACAAAGCAUCACUUGCAAAUCCAGGAUCAAAAGAGAGAACAUCGUGGUAUAUGAUGUGUCCGCUACUAUUGAUCAGUGCCCCACGGUGAUCGAGGAGAACUCCCCGAUUGUUUUAAGGUACAAGACCCCGUACUUCAAGGCGUCUUCCCGGGUGGUGAUGCCCCCGGUCCCCCGGAACGAGACUUGGGUGGUCGGCUGGAUCCAAACCUGUAACCAGAUGGAAUUCUACAACACGUACAGCGACGCGGGCAUGUCCAGCUGGGAACUGCCCGACCUGCGUGAAGGCAGGGUGAAAGCCAUCAGCGACUCAGACGGGGUCAGCUACCCUUGGUACGGCAACACCACGGAGACGGUGACGCUGGUCGGCCCCACCAGCAAGGUCUCCCGCUUCACCGUCAGCAUGAACGACAACUUCUACCCCAGCGUGACCUGGGCCGUGCCAGUCAGCGACAGCAACCUGCCCAUGCUGACCCGCAUCAAACGGGACCAGAGCUUCACCACCUGGCUGGUGGCUCUCAACACCGCCACCAAAGAGAAGAUCCUGCUGCAGACCAUCAAGUGGAGGAUGCGGGUGGACAUCGAGGUGGACCCCUAUCAGCCCCUGGGACAGCGUGCGAGGCUGGUGGGGCGAGCGCAGCAGGAGCAGCCCAGAGUGCUCACCAGGAUGGAGGCGAUCCCUGCCAACGCCCUGGUCAAACCCAACGCCAACGACGCGCAAGUGCUCAUGUGGAGACCCAAGAGAGGACCCCCGAUGGUGGUCAUUCCUCCCAAAUAGGACCGUUUACCUUCAAAUAGGAGGAUUUGAAAAGCAAAACUAAGCAACAGCGAAGAUAGAUACUCACGUGUCUAUCCGAUAACACAAAUGCAGUUCAUUUCGAGGCAGUAGGGACGUGCAUUUGGCUGACUGGCAAGACGAGACGGGAGGUGAUGGCAGUCCUGUUAAAGCUAUACUGAUGCGUGUUACUGUCCUUACCCUCGCCGCACGGGUUUCAGGUUUCAGGCUGCAUGUUUGGGUAAGGGAAAGGUAACAGGUUGGGGGUUCAUAGGUGGAGAAGUGUUUACAGUACUUGGACUACUGUAGUUCGAUAGUGAGGUGCAAACCAAGUUGGCCUUUAAAAAAACUAAACAAAACAAAGGAACAGAUGUCAUUAUUUAUUUCCUAUGGUACAAUAAUAGUCUGAUAUGAGCAAAAAGGGCAAGUAUUGAUCAAAAUCUACCUGCAGCUGGAUUCAGCUAACUGAUGGAUCAAUAAAACACAAGCGAAGAUGUCUUGGAGUGGCUCUGUCUGCUUUGCAGCUUGUCCCACACGCGGCGCUGGGUUUUUUGUAUUGUUUUUUGUAUUGUUUGUACUUUAUUUUCAUGAAAGACUUGGUUGAUCCUGAUCUUGAUUGCUCAGUUGUUGUUGUUGUUGUUGUUUUAUUUGGUGUGUCGUGCUUUACUGUUUCCCAGCGUGCAUCAUUUUUUGGUUGAGCUGCUUCUUUAAGGGCAGGAAUUGGUUAAUAAGAGAAGGCUUCUUAGACACGCUGUGGAUUUUGAUGCUAAUGCUUCCAGAUGCAAUGGGGGAACACUUCUGUAAUUGGAUUUAAAUUAAUAAUAUAGACCAGAUUUUUCUUUGGUGUAACAUUUACACUAUGCAGAGCUCUGGAGCGAAGCACGGUACCUAUAUUAUCCUUCAGCCCUUAAUAUAUCUUUACAAAAGACGGAGUGUUUUUCCCCAUGUACAGCGCUGUUAAAGCUUGCUUUGUUACGUUAUGUUGUCUAAGCCGAGCAGCACAGUGGAACUGUCCAUGGUGCUGAUUGUAUGACCUGUGUCAGGAUUCUACACAGGAGCCUUUUUAUACAACUCAACAGGCGCCAGCCAAGAAAAGGCUGAGCAUUUUGUUCUUGUUACAGUGCUUUACUAAAAGAAAUGCAUGCAUGCAGUAUGUUUAUAAAAAGAGUUUUUAAAAAAAAUGUCAUUGCCAACGUGUGUUUAUUUUGACCAGUAUGUUAAAAGUCAUUGCAAGAAAAAUUAAACUAGAAAGAAUAACAAAGUGCCAUACUAAAUGUAUUAUAGAAACCCGCUAGCAUCUGUACAAGUGGCUACAUCUGGUUUAAAUAGAAAUUGGGGUAUACUGGCUUUGUGUGUGUGUGUGUGUGUGUCUUGAAAUAGAGCAUGCCUCAUUGACAGUGUGUCUGAAGAAACAGUAUGACCCUGUACUAUCGAAACUUAAUUAAUUUCUAACUGCCAUUGUAAAUAACUGAUAAAGGCUCUCAGCUAAAAAUGUGACUAAUAUCGAAUACUCCAUACAAAGGCUACAUUUCCGUGAUAUUUGACUCGUGUCUGUUUAAUAUCCUGUUGUGUUUAGAUCAUUAUUUUUGCCAUGGAUACUAUAACUCAUCCUUCAACUAUAGCUCCUUAAAAGACUCCUCAGUAUUGGAGAAUCACACCCGUGCUGCACAGGCUUUACUAACGGGUCUCGGUGCACAGCACAGUGUUAUAAGGGGCCCCAGAAUCAAUCUUCAGGAGUCUUUUCAGAAGCAACUUUUGCUGGAAUCGUUAGUAAGCAUGCUACAUAAUGAUUUCAGCACAAAGGGCAACAAAGAACACAACCAAUAGAUAUUAAACAGAAGAGAAAUGACACAUUUGGAAAAAGUAGAUCAUAUAAAGUAUCUCUUUAACUUGCUGUGAAUUGCAUACAUUUUACUUUGUUCAGCGUUGUCCUUUCAUUUUGUUACAGUUUAUUGUGUACUGUGCAGUAUUGACUAACAAAAGAGCAGUCAGUAAAUAUUGAUGAAGAACAGAUGCAUAGGCUUCAUGUUAACAGUUCUGCUGCAGUAUUUUAAGCAGAAGAUUACAUCAGUAUACAGAAUAAGACUGGAAUGUUAGCAGAAUCCUUAGCUGUGAUUGGUCUGGUUUUCUAUUGAUGUCAUUUGUAACGGGGGUAACUUCCUUUGUGCUGUAGCAUGUCUGAUUUUCUUGAACAAGUGUUUAGUGAUUAGUCCCUUUAAACAGUCAAGACCUUACUUUCACAUGAUUAUUUUUACAAGUGAGAAACGUCUCGCCUCUCUGGAACACGUACAUGGUGAUAAUGAAACUGAGCGAUGCGUCGACGCAUCAGACUCUUACACUUACCAGCUGCAGCACUGUGACAGGCUUACAUUGCAGCACAGUACACUUCUCAAAAAGAGCAGCGAGGAAAUUUGCAGGAGAUAACAUAUUUUUAUUGAAGCCAUUCAGGUGUUUUCAAGGUCAA